AUGAAGGAACGGAUCAAGAAGCACGAAGCUCGUAAAGAGCCGUCCGUUAAGCCAAAAACCCUUAUGAAAAAGGGCGAUUGGAUCGAUGCAUUGGAUGCCGAUGGGGUGUGGAAUGUUGCUCGAGUACUGAGUGUUCCAUCACCAGACCAGGUGGAAAUUACAUAUGAUGGCUGGCCAUCGGACUAUGAUGAAGUCGUGUCGAUUACUAGCCACCGUGUCGCUCCGUACAAUACCUUUACAUGGACUGUCAAAUGCUGGGUUAAAUAUCUAAACUGGCCGUUAUGGCCCUCUGUGGUUACAAUUCGGUCACCAGGAACAACAGUAGGUAUCACUAACCUCGCAGCUGAGAAUCGACUUUUUGUCGAUUUUCUCGACCAUCCGAGUUUGGCUAAACGAGACAGGUGCUGGCAAAAGAAGGCACAUGUACGGCCCUUUGAAGAGAAUUUUGACCGAAAGCGCACGGGAUCGACUGGCGAGAGUUUUGAACGAGCAUUGGGAUGGGUGCUGCAAUCCGAUGCUUCUUUGAAGAUGCCCAAGUUUGCUGGCGGUACGUUACCAAGAGAGUUCAAACAUUGUCCGGCAAAAUCUGUCGAGGCAAUACGAAGAGACAUGGGUGACAAGCUGUGGCUCAAAAAUCUCACUCAUAGCAAAAAGCAUCAUCAGAUGAAUUACGUCUACGAAUCAAUCGGAUGUAAAACGAACGACAGAUUACGCAAAAACUCAAUGCCAUCGACACAGAAAGAGAGCUUCUUGAAUUUAUCAGCGACGAACGUGGAGCCGCAAGUGGUAACUAACGAGGAAAAGCGUCCGAGUAGAAUCAAGAAAGAUCAGAAUCCACGUAUUGAGAAAGAAAUGCCACACAAGCGAGAACUAAUGGACAGCAGUGACGCUUCUGACACUAGUCGGUCAAAAAGAACGCGUUUGCAUACUAAGCGAGAGUCAGAUGGUCUGUCCAACACAAAGAAGACGGAGCGAAAAGAACUCGGACGUUCUGUCUCACCUCACAUGAGCAAAACUUCAAAAUCUGCUGCUCAGCUUGCCGUCAAGAACGCCAAAAUGAAUCACUCAAAAGGACGGACUAAAGUGGCUGCUCGGCAAAGAGUUCUACCUAUCGGAGAGUAUGCGAGUGUUGAGCUAUCAGACGACAAUAGCGAAGUAGGUGAAGCGCAAAGUGUUUCUGUUGUCCCUCAACUGGAUACUGUCAUAAAGCGUUCUGCAGCUGCCAAACGCAAGAAGCGGCCAAGGAAGAAUGAUUUGAAUGUCGACUCAGACCACAGCAUUGAAUUGGAGACAUCGAAAAUGGUCUCGAUACGAUCUAAGACGACGAUCAAGCGUCAAAGCGCAGAUUCGAAGGAAAAGAAAAUAGCGGUGGGAUGUGGGCAACAUCUCGCUGCGGAAAAAGUAUCAAGGCAUGAACGGAUUGGACUGAAUGGCCGCAGCCUCUCGCAGACUACAUUACACGGUAUCAUUCAGCCGAUCUCUCCUUGUGUCAGCGAAAUGGAGUCGCAUCAAUCGAGGUCAUCCAAUCUGGAUGUAUCGCGACGAGCCGGUAAAGUGCAUAUAUCUUUGGACGCCAGAUACAAACCCAUCCAGGAAACUGGAAGCAUACGAGAAGCUGACUCAAAGGACUCAGCAGUGGUAGAGAGCUGUGAAAUACAUCAUUCGACUUUGCUAGAUGCGGACAAACAUAGUACUCACGAAGAUGGCUGCAGUCAGGAGUUACGAAGACGGUUUUGUGUGAUGCAAGCAGACCAAGAAGAUGCUACCGAGACGGUAAAGUGUUCAAAGAAAACUGUCAUUAGUGUGCCAAGGAUGUUUAAGGAAAUCUCGACUCCUGAAGUACCGACUUGUUGGACUGACGGAAUGGUUGGCAUCGCGCCAUCAUCUAGACUUUGCACUUUCGCUUCAAGUGUUGAGACUGGUGCUGCAGUGGCUGCUCCUUCAUCGACAGUAGUGUUCAGCUCCAGCAUUGGUUUCUCAAUGGAGUCAUGGUUUAAGCGCAAGUUGAUGACGGAAUGUAUCGGCGGUGAAACGUGA